GAGGGAGAGGAAACUGGCCCGCCUGCAGGGCAACACGCGAAUGAGCCCUGCUAAUGCGAAGGACGUGUGUUGAGCGCGGGUCAGCCCCACCCCAUACAAGUGCCUGGACAGCAAAGCCGAGGCCCGCCCCCCCUUGAAUAGUAUUUACGGUUGAGUGCUGGCUGGCAUUCAUCAAUCUCACCGUCUCCUAAGUCAAAGCUGAGAAUUGGAAAUCGGAGGAGAUUUUACCAACCACAGUGGCACGUCCUUACAGGUACCUACUUAUCAACUCACAAUGGCUGCUGCCGCUUGGCUCUUUGGGGCACUUCUCCUGACGGCAUCUGGCCCUCGCUCUGUUUCGGCUCUGAGUUUUGUCUCACCCAACGGGUCUUACGCUGGCCAGAUCGACACGCCGCCGAAUUUGUCCCCGUCAUGCGCUGCAACGUUCAGUGAGGCCGUGGUAUGCGACCCGAUCCUGUGGCAGGUCGCGCAAAAUGCGCUGCCGAGCCCCGACACCAUAGAUUUGAUGUGCACUACUCCCUCAUGUGCCUCGAGUCUGGAGGCGCUGCGAGAGCUUCAGAUUGCCCAGUGCGCCGACACAGACAAUAUCACGGUUGGGUACUAUGUCUUUCCGGCCACAUACGUGGUCGACCUGCUGCUGGACACGUACAAGUGGGCGUGCCUGACAGAUACGGCGGGUGACCACUGUCUCGCUCUCCUUAUGAUGGAACAAGCAAACGCAUCCAACGACGAGCCGCCGUUGGAUUUGUGCCCAUCAGCCUGCACCUUCCGAAUGCUGCAGGCACGUUUAAACUCGCCGCUGGGCUAUUAUGAUGGUCUCGCGUCUCACUAUUCUUCCCUGACUUCUUCGUGCCAAGUCACAUCGUAUCCAGUGACUUCACCGGCCAGGUACCGCUUGGGCACCACCACAAUCCCGCUCCCGACCCUGACUGAUAGGAUCCCUAUCCCUUCCUACACCUGCGAGGCACAAUAUACGAUCAAGAAAUCAGACAAUUGCCGUUCCAUCAGCAGGGCCAAGCAGGUGUCUACAUUCUCCCUGCUCUACUCGAACAAGCUCCCAAUGUUUUGUGCCCGUUUCCCUGCGGCGGGGACCGAGAUUUGCAUCCCGCAGCAGUGCAACACAUACAAGGUUAUGCCGAUAGACACGUGCCAAAGGGUGGCUAAGUCUCACGGCUUGACAGUCCGCGAACUCAUUGAACUGAACCCAAACCUAAAGUCUCAUUGCGGAAAUCUACGUUCCUUCACCGGUCAUAUGAUCUGCCUGAGUCCGCCCGGCGUUGUAUCGACGACGGCGAGGCCACAACCAACCACGACAUCGCACUUCACCAACCCCUGCCUCAGCCCGGGCGCCCCCAGCACCUGCUUCACGACCUCGUGGGAAACACCGGAGAGCGACAUUCCGUGGCCCACGGACACCUACACGGGCAGCCCUUCGGCAACGACGACCGAGCCCGCGUUCCCGGAGUGGACAGACCCGGCCUCGCUGCCUCGGGCCCCGGGUACGAGGGAGAACUGCACCCGCUACGACAUUUAUGACGACUUUUACGACGUCCAUGAUUUGCAGACCCGCUUCGGGAGCGCAAACGCUUGCUGGUGGAAAGCAAACUUUUGGGGCGCUACUCACGAACAGCUGAUGGAAUGGAAUCCGUCGCUCUCCUACGACGUGGCGGAUCGGUCGACAUGGAACUCGUGUCAGUUCAAGGAGGGAUAUUCUUACUGUGUCGAGGCGUAGAGUGAAGAAGUUAGAAAACCCCUGCUUAGGUACAGACAACCCCGAUAUUUGAGCACUUGGAUCGCCAAAUCGGGAAUCAACAACCCCCAUAUCAUUAUCACUAUUCCCUACUUUUCAGUAUGCAACUACUACUAUCACGGGAAUGCCCAUUUUCCGAAUCACCCACCUGGUUGGUUUCCAUGGUUCCUUGCUAGAGCUUGUCCACCG